AGGAGCCAACCAGCCUACCCAUCCACUCACUCAUCAUAGCCUACCUACAUGUUAUUUAGAUUUCUAAGAAGUUUAAUCUUUUUUAGUUUUCUAAUUAGUAUUUAAGGCAUUAUUAAGAUUAAAGCAGAGAUUUAAGUAUAAUAAUUUUAAUAACUGAAACGUAAAGAAGCCGAUACCGAUAAAAUAUAGACAGUAAGUAAGUUAGUUUUAUCGCAAAACAGAUAAAAAUAUCCGGGGCAAAAGUGUGAGCACCAUUUUUUCGAAGAAGGAGAAAAAUUUUGCUGCUCGCUCCGCGAAGUGAAGUGAUUUCGGCGGAAGAAGAAGAAGAAGAAGAUCGCAGCGUGUACGGGAAUCCGCGCGUGCCGUAGUUGGAAGCUCGAGAAGAAGAAGAUUUUUCGGGAAGUGCGUCGUGGUUUGUUUGUGGCCGCAAAAUUAGUGCAUUCGCGGUCAAUAGGAUGCAUCCGUCGAAAAAGAUGAACGCGGCUGAAUUAGAUGACCACGAGAAGGGCAAGCUGUUUGUCGGAGGACUGUCAUGGGAAACGACGCAGGAGAACCUGCAGCGCUACUUUGGUCGGUAUGGCGAGGUCAUUGACUGCGUGGUAAUGAAGAACAACGAGACGGGUCGUUCCCGUGGGUUCGGCUUUGUGACUUUUGCCGAUCCGGACAAUGUCGAGCGGGCGCUGGAGAACGGUCCGCAUACGUUGGACGGGCGUACGAUCGAUCCGAAGCCGUGCAAUCCAAGGUCACUGCACAAGCCGAAGCGUACCGGUGGUUAUCCGAAGGUAUUUUUGGGCGGAUUACCACCGAACAUCACCGAGACGGAUCUGCGAAGCUUCUUCAGUCGGUACGGUAACGUAAUGGAGGUGGUCAUAAUGUACGACCAGGAGAAGAAAAAGAGCCGUGGGUUCGGUUUCCUUUCGUUCGAGAACGAACCAGCUGUGGAACGGGCCACGGCGGAACACUUUGUCAACAUCAGCGGCAAGCAGGUCGAGAUCAAGAAGGCCGAACCACGGGAUGGUAGCGGUAAUAAUAACAGCAUGAAUGCCGAUUCCUACCAGUGGGGAUCGCCACAGGCUCCGCCAAUGGGUAACGGGCAGAUGGGUGGACCUCCGAUCAACAUGCAGUCGAACAUGAUGCAGGGUUAUCAGGGCUGGGGUGCAUCCCAGCCGCAGCAAGGCUACGGAGGUUAUGGAGCGUCGGCCGGAGCGGCCAAUGCGUAUCAAGGUUGGGGAGCUCCUCCGCCACAGCAGUGGGGUAAUUACAAUGCUACGCCCCAGCAGACCCAAGGCUACGGUGGUUACGAUAUGUACAACAGUUCCGGUGCCGGAAGUGCCGGCGGUUACGGUUCGGGCAAUUGGAACUCGUGGAACAUGCCCCCGAACACGGGAUCGACUGGAUCGGCCGAAAUGUAUUCGAGGCCUCAGUCCGGCCCAACGGCUGGCCCGGCUGGUUCGGCUGGCCCAACGGCGGGAGGACCUUCGAAGCCCGGAUCCGAGUACGGCGGUGGAUCGGCGUACGGUUCCGGUGCGGCUGGCGGUUAUGGUGGCUACUAUCAGAACGAACAGAACACAGCGGCUGCCUACAACAGACCACGAUCGGCAUACGGUGCCGGCAACGAUGCGUCCUCGCAGCCACCCUAUCCAGCAUUUUGAGAGAUGAUGACGCCGACGACGACGAGCAGGAUGCAACCGCCGCCUCCGCCGCUUCAGCAGCAGCAGCAGCAGCAACACCAACAUCAUCAGCAGCAGCAGCACUAUGCCCAGCAGCAACAGCAACAGCAGCAGCUUCCGGGCGGUGCCAAUCCGGCGGCAGUUGCACCCUCCUCCUUCGAUCGCAGCUUGAUUGGAACGAAGUCGUAAAGAUGAAGAGAUGAGGUGGAAGUGGAUUAUUUCUUAUUAUUUUUUAAAAUUGAAAAACAAAACUAAUUAUACAUACACAUAAUAUAACAAGAAGAAAAGGAAGAAGAAAAUGAAAAAGCACUAUCUAAGAAGAAGGAAAACAAUUAUAAAUAUAUUAUUAUUAUUAAUGAAAAAGAGAAGAUGAAGCAAAAUAAACGCAGAGAAGAGUUUAAAAACAUAAACAGAGCAAAACACACAAUUGGAAAGAAGGCAAAAAGAUUAAUCUACAAGCAUAAGUACACUCAGAAACCAACACAAAACAAAAAAAAAUGCAUCUAUAUCCUAAUAUAAAUGAAACCCUUUAUUGAUUAGUCUUAGGAGUGAAGCAAAAACGAAGAAAUCUAUCUAAAGAACAAAAACAAACGACAUGAAAGAAGAAGUGGACAAACACUAAUUGAUUAUAAAAUUGACAUGAAUAAUAAAAUCCAUUGGAAGUGGAAUCAAAAAAAAAAACAUCUAUGACAACUUGUUCAAGAAGUUAAUAAGAAAGUAUACACAAACACAUACAGACAGACAGACAAACACUCAAAAAACAUUUGCAUUCGAUCCAAUCGGUGAUCAAGUCAACCCUCCCUAGUUCCUUCCUUACCUACCUACCCCCCUCCCACACAUCCCCCUUCAGUUCAGAGCUCACUCUCUCGUUUAAGAUAAAAUAAAAAUAAAAACAUCAAGUAGGUGAAUCCAAAACACUAAAAUAGACUUAACGCAAGAGAAAACGAAACAAAAAAUGAUUGCAAAAAAAUUGUAAAAAAGAUGGAAAUUACUUGAAAAAUUUCAGCGGAAAAUUUAUUUCUUUUUCUAACCUAAAAAAAAAAAGUCUAACUUACAUUGGAAAAGCCUCUCCCAUAUAUUUUUGUUAUGGAAACUUAUAUGGUGUCAGGAGAAAACAAGAACAAAAAAAAAACAGCAAAACCCCCGUCGUCUCACUCUAUAUUCUAUUGUUUUUUUUUUAUUUAGAUUUUUGUUUGUUUGCUCUAGAACGGAACGAUAAGGACUAUAAUAACAUUACUCUAAAAUACUUAAUCAGGUACCCAUAAUAAUAAUAGUGACAAGUGAAUCGAGUUUUAACGCGGAGAAGAAACAAAGCGCGAUCCCCCCCUUUUUUGUUUGUUUCUUUAAUUGUUUAAGUAAUUGUGUAAAGUGAUUGAUUUUCGUUUUCGUAUUAAGCUUACCACAAACUACUACUCCCUUAAGGAAAUAAAGAAAUGAAACGUACACAAACAACAUUAAUAUACAAUUUAACUAAAAGUAAAAACAAAAACAAAAUGAUGAGACUCAAAGGGUAAAGACUCUCGGCAGUCUGCCCGAUUUUUCGCAAACUAAUUCUUAAGUUUUUCGUCGUUCGUCGUUAAGGAUCUAAUCUUCUUAUGUGAGGAAAUUUGCUAAACAUGUAGGACAAAGCCCCCUCAAAGUAAACUUACCACACUCACAUACACACAUACAGACACAAACACAAUUACGGAAAAGUAAGUGAGAUAUUUUAAAUAUUUUAGCCCAGCCAACUGGUUGAUCGACCUUGGCGUGCGGUUUUUGCUGGUUAAGUGCAGUGUAGAUCCCCCCUUACAGGGCCGAAAGUCGCGUAUUUUUUCGGAUAUAAAGUAACGUAUAACGGUAAACAGUUAAAAUAUAUGGAAACUCCUUGAUCCUCCAAGAAGUCGUGUUUAAGCUUAACUUUAGAAACAAGAGAUUGAUGACUAUGAUGAUGAGAGGUUAAAUAUGAUUUGUUUUUUAAAUUUAAAACCUUUUAACGAUAUAUAAGCUGAGAUAAAGCAGAACAACUGAAAAUCGCAUUCACUGAGACAAAACUGCGGUGCGGAAAGAGAGAAAGAGUCUAGCGAUAAAUUAUUAUGGGUAAGUUUGAUAAGAACAAACACACACACACACACACUAAAAGUAAAGUAAAAGUAACAACAACCAACAAAUUAGAGCAAAGAAUCGUUGUCUGUAAGUGAAGUAAUGCAAAUUUAUCUUAGAAAUCGUACACGUAUAGUUGAGUCACCUGAUUAAGAGAGAUAGAAUGAGAAAAAAACUAGCAGAUCAUUUCUUGCGUUUUUGUUUUCCCCCACAGCGUGAAAAAGAAGAAGAAGAAGAAGAAACAGCGGUACAGGUUAAGAAAGCUCUAUAGAAAAAGAAAUAAGUUAAAACUUCUAAAUCUAAUCUUUAAAAACAACAACAACAACAAAUCUCCGACUUAAGGGACGAGAAAUGCGCCGCGCAAGCAUUCAUUGAAGCAGCAAAUUAAAAAAAAUAAAGCAUUACACAUUAACACAAAACAAACGACGAGAAACAUUUCAAACAUAAGAAAUAGAUUGAUCCAGUCAGAAAACCAACCAAAUCAGCAGCCUCUCGCCCCCUUUUGUGUGUUUGACAUUUAUAUUAACUGAUAAAAUAGAAAACAAAAAAGCAUUAUUAUUCUUCGUCGGGACUUGUACAAAGCAGAGCGUUAAGGAAGUAAAAGUAAUCAACCUAAAACUGAGAUGAAAAAAAAAACCCUACCUACUACUACUACUACUAAAAGUGAAGCAAAAAAGUUUGAUAAGUGUCUUUCAUGUUUUUUUUUUUAGUUAGACGUCCCCCGCCUCCCUGCCCCCUUAUUUUUCACAAUUUCCUCCUACCCAAAUGGACUAUUAUUUUUUGUUUGUUUUUGCUUUCCGGAAUGGGAAAAAAGUGUUUAUUGGAAUCGAUAUAUUUUUUUUUCGUAGUAAUCAUAUUUAGAAAGAGCCAAUCAGAGAGGAGUGUAAAACCUUCACACAAACCAGAUUUAAUCUAAACAAAGCAAAAAAAAAAAACUCUAAGAAAACCUUUCUUUUUUUUU